UCCUUUGGAAUCAAACACUCCCUCAAAAUUAAUGAACAGUAAUAUUUUUAAUGUAAAUUAAAUUGCACUUAUCAAGGUAUCAAGCCCCCUGCUGUGAAGCUCUUGCCUGAUGCACUGUGGCCUGGCAGCAUGGCAGCAUGGCAGGGGAAUCUGGAGUGAGGGAGGGAGGCCCCACCCUGGACUGGCAUCUCCCCUACCUAAUGACCAUGUCACAUACCAGGUUAUCUCUGGCUUUUGUCCCUCUCUGCUCUCUGGCUAUCUUGCUUCACCUUUUUUCUCUCUCUUCCAAAAGCUUUAGCUUUUCUUAUCACUAAGAGGGUGCCUCUUUAAAUUUUGUGAGUCUCUAAGUUUUGUUGUGUUAGUGGAUAUCAAACUGCAUAUUUUGCAAUGCUUUUUGUGUUCAAAUAUUUCAAGUAGAGGCAUUAAAAAAAAGAAGGAAUGUUUUUGUUGAUUUGGGAAAUUUAUUACAAUACAUAAAACUAUCUGAACAAGCUAAGCAGUGGUGUUCAAACAAAAAUGGCCUUUAAAAAAUGCACUCGGUCAUGGCCCGCAAAUGACUGAUGCCAUUACACUCACCCACUGACAGUAUAAGGCACCAUUAGCUGUUGUCACCAAAGCUGAUAUAUAGAGCAAAGUGCAGGGGGCCAAGUCCCCAGUGCAGGCCUGGCCACCAGCCACCAUGCUGCUCCUACUGGUGCUGGCUGUGAGUGCACUAGCUGCACCCCCAGCUAACUCUCCACGGUCACCAAACCCUGCAAGAUGUGCCCACCGUAAAAUUCAUGAGACCUUUAAUGGGCAUGGAUACAUGUUCACUUGGGAGGAACCAAAAACUGUGGGCCUUCAGCUUGGCUGGGCUGAAGCUCGUGAAUUCUGUCGUGCACGAUGCAUGGAUCUUGUGAGUUUGGAGACUCAAGAUGAAAAUGAUUUUAUUAAAGAACGGAUAGCCAAAGGAGGUCAAAGUUACAUUUGGACUAGUGGUCGCAAGUGUAACUUUAAGGGAUGUGAAAGACCAGAUUUACAACCAGUCAGUGUGUAUGGGUGGUUCUGGACAGGAUCCUUGGUCAGAAUGCCUGCAACAACGGAUCGAUUGGACAGUGACUGGAGUGACACUGGGGGUUUUGGAAGGCCACAGCCUGAUGACAGAGAACAUUACCAAGGUGGUCCAGAGGAAGAGUGCCUUGCAAUUUUGAACAACCUGUAUGAUGAUGGAGCUCACUGGCAUGAUGUGGCUUGUAAACAUCGUAUGCCAUUUAUCUGUGAAGACAGUGAUGAGCUCCUACAAGUCCUGCAGCGCUCCAUUGCAAAUAGUUCCUACUUUGAUCAACUUGCUGUUGAAAAGUUAGCUGUGUUUGAUGAUCAGACUCAAAAGCUCAUCCCACCGUUUCCCACUGACAUGCAUCAAACGGAGGAAUCUGGGCUAAGAUCAGCUCAAGGCUCCUUGGUUCCUGCCAGUAGCGACGCUGUGGCCAAUGCAAUGCCAUCUUUGAUGGAAGAAAAUGUCUCUGGUGCUUAUGCACCUUUUGCACCUGUGGUGCCAGCUACUCAACACACCGUCAUGAUGGUUGCUCAGAUGCCAGCAAUUCCCAUUGUUUCCCAAGAUGGCAAGGAGGAUCUAAUUGAUGAUGAAAAGUUGAGGUUUGUGGACAGGGCUAAAUCAAAAUGAACAAACCAGAAGAUUUUAGAGGCCCUUUUGAGACAAUGUAACAAAGCAAUUGACAUAAACCUGUAAUUUAAUCCGGUGCUCUUGGUCCCUGAUUUAACUUUUUCUUUUCUUUCUUAAAAUAAAUAAAUAAACUUGCUACAAACUGGUUGCUUUGUUGAAGUGAAAGAAAGAUAUAACCAUAAAACUAAUAUUUUCAGUAUAAAUUAAUUUUAUUUAUUAACAUUUUUACAUAUGAAAAUAGCUUAUCCUUAAUUAAAUAUCACUGCUUAAGCAAAUUCAUGACUGACAGUGUAAUUGACCAUUUGACCAAACAAUCA